CGGCGCGACCUGCGCCCCAACCACAGUUACUCGGGCCGGGCUCUAAGACAGCGGAGCCAUGUUCUUCCUCCUGGUGCUCCUCACCAGCGUCAGCGGGCUGCACUCAGGCCCCUCUCCUGAUAAAGUCCUCCUGCAAACCACAGUUCCUGAGAAGAUUUCAUCAGUAGACACCAAAAGAGAUCCAGAAAAUAAUGUUGCCUAUAUGAUUUCCAUAGAAGAAAAACCAUAUUUUAUCUACCUCAAAAAGCAAUCAUUUUUAUCCUCAAGUUUUGUUGUUUAUUAUUACGACAAAUAUGACACCCAGCAUUCUAAGCCUUUGUUAGCUCAGAUGGAUUGCAAUUAUAAUGGAUAUAUUGUGGGUUAUCCAAAUUCUCUUGUGACACUCAACACCUGUUCAGGACUCAGGGGAACCAUGCAGUUUAACAACAUUUCAUAUGGAAUCGAACCAGUGGAGGCCGUAUCAGGAUUUGUGCACAUGAUUUAUGAAGAGAAAAUCGAUUAUACUCAUAUUUCUCUCUUAGAAAAGGAUGCCUAUGCUUGGUUUAAUAGCUCACGGUUUCAAGUCAGAACAAAUUUAGAUAGAACUGGACUUACCAAGUUAUACCCUCGAAGUCUUAAAAUGUAUAUUAUUGUGGAUAACGAUCUGUUUAAUUACAUGGGCUCUGAUAUAAAAGCUGUAACAGAGAAAGUAAUUCACAUCAUUGGCCUUAUGAACACUAUGCUUACUCCAUUAAAACUGACUGUUAUAAUAUCUUCCAUAGAAAUAUGGUCAAAUAAAAACAAAAUUUCUGCUAGUGAGAAUCCAGAUCUUUUACUGUUUAGGUUUUUAGAAUGGAAAAGAAAACACCUUGACCAUCGGCCACAUCAUGUUACAUACUUAUUUACCUUCAGGAAUCAUUCAACCUUUAUAGGAACUACAGUUCCUGAAAAAAUAUGUGAGAAGAAUUAUGCUGCAGGAGUUGCUUUGUAUCUACGGGGUUUGUCCUUGGAGUCAUAUGCUGUUAUCAUAGUGCAGUUGCUUGGCUUAAAUCUGGGGCUAAGCUACGACGAUCCUGACAACUGCUAUUGUUCCGGAGAUGUUUGCACUAUGACACCAAAAGCACUGUACUCUAGCGGUGUAAAGGAUUUUAGCACCUGUAGCUUGGAAGACUUUAAAUAUUUUGCUUCUAAUGGUGACUUUGGAUGUCUUCAGAAUACACCUAUCGAUGUGCCAGCUUAUAGACAAGCCCCAAAGAAAAUAUGUGGCAAUGGACAAUUGGAAGCUGGUGAACAGUGUGAUUGUGGCACUUUAGAGAACUGUACUCACAAAGCAUGCUGUGAUCCUACAUCAUGUUUAUUUAAAGGUGAUGUACAAUGUGGCUCAGGAGAAUGCUGUGAACAAAAUUGCAAGUUCAAACCAAUUAAUACACUUUGUAGAAAAUCAAUGGAUGAAGAUUGUGACUUCCCUGAAUAUUGUAAUGCGACUCUCCCACACUGUGGACCUAACACUUUUGCACGCAAUGGGCAAUCUUGUAUGUCAGGCGAAGCCUUCUGUUAUGAUGGAACUUGUCGAACUUUUGACAAACAGUGUAAGGCAUUAGUUGGAGGAGGUUCUAGAGGUGCUCCAUUCAGCUGUUAUGACGAAAUGAAUUCCAGAUUAGAUAGAUUUGGAAACUGUGGCCGAAAUAUAUGCCAAUUCCCCAAUAUGCUAUGUGGAAAAUUAAUUUGUACCUGGCCACACAGGAACUUAAUAAAACGUACAAACUUAUCUGUGGUUUACGCACAUAUACUAAAUGAAGUCUGUGUAUCUACGUUUCGACCCAGCCAGAAGCCACCUAAACCUAAUACGGACCCUCCAUUGACAACUUACAAUUCAGCUGAUGACAGAGAUGAAACAUUUGUAGAAGAUGGUACCAUAUGUGGCCCUGAAAUGUAUUGUUACAAAUUUGCCUGUUUGGAAAUUAAAUACCGGAUAAAUUACACAUUGUGUGAGUCUUCUUCAGACUGCAAUAUGCAUGGAGUUUGCAAUAAUUUUAACCAUUGCCAGUGUGAGAAAGGGUAUUCUCCUCCUGACUGUCAUGAACUGAAAGGAGAGUUUGGAAGUAUUGAUGAUGGACAUGUAAUUAAGGAAGCUGCAAGAAGUUUUUCGGAGGGAAGACGAGGCACUUUUCACAAACAGAAGUAUCAGAUGAUUUUCUACAUUUCUCUGCCUGUGAUUAUCAUCAUUACUGCUGUUUUACUAAAGAAGAACAAAUUAAGAGAGCUGUGUGACAGAGGGGAGACUGAAAGUGAGAGAUCUGUGUCGGAAGAAAGCAGCCAGAGCAAGUCAACCACCUCCAGUGCAGAGGACAGAACAACAACAGUCUCUUAAUGACCUUGAAACUAAUGCCUGGAGAGAGGAUAGUACCAAAGUCAUCAUCAGAAACUGGCCUGAAUCUAGAAAGAAAAAGCACAAUUUCUCCCUCAUCUCUACUGCUGAGGGUUCUUCAACUGAAAUAAAUCUGUGCCUGAA